GGCCGACACAAAUCUGUGUUUGAGGAUUAAUACGACUUCAAAAGGAUCAUCAGGCUUUUCUGAAACAUUUCUUUAACUUCAACAGUGUAUCACCAUGUCAGCUGCCAGCUGUCUGCUGUCUGAAGAGCAGUUUUUGUGCUGCAUCUGUCUAGAUGUUUUCACUAAUCCAGUCACUAUACCAUGUGGACACAACUUCUGCAAAGACUGCAUUACACAGCACUGGAAUGUUAACAGUGUUCAAUUCCGGUGUCCCAUGUGUAAAAAGCAUUUUAAAACUCGACCUGAGCUGCCUGUUAAUACUUUCAUUUCUGAGAUGGCUGCAGAGUUCAGACAGUCAGCUGGAAAGAAAAGCAGCGAGGACUCAGAAGUCGCCAGACCAGGCGAAGUCGCCUGUGACAUCUGCAUCAGCCCCAAGCUGAAGGCGCUGAAGUCGUGCUUGACGUGUAUCGCCUCCUACUGCGGUAUUCACCUGGAUCCUCAUAUGACAGCUGGCCCCCUGAAAAGACAUUCACUGACUGAUCCUGUGGAGAACAUGGAGGCCAGGGUGUGUACCAGGCACAGAAAAACCCUGGAGCUGUUCUGCAAGACUGACCAGACAUGUGUGUGCUCGCUCUGCACUGUCUCAGAACACAGGGCACACAACAUCACUGCUCUGAAAGAUGCUUAUGGAGCAAAGAAGGCCGAGCUGGAGCAGGAAGAGGCUGAGAUCCAGCAGAUGAUCCAGGAGAGACAGCUGAAGAUCCAGAAAACUAGACACUUAAAAAUGAACAGUCAGGAAGAUGCAGAGAGAGAGAUAGCAGACGGCGUUCGUAUCUUCACCAGUCUGAUGCAGAGGGCUGAGAGAGACCUGAAUGAGCUCAUUGAGAUGAUCGAAGAGAGGCAGAAGACGACAGAGGAACAGGCCGACAGCUUCAUCAAAGAACUGGAACAAGAAAUGUCUGCAUUGGUGAAGAGAACAGCUGAAGUGCAUCAGCUCUUACUUACACAAGACCAUCUUGAACUCCUCCAAAGCUUCACACCCAUGAACAGUGCUCUUUUCACCAAGAACUGGAUGGAGGUCAGCCUCCGCCUGCCAUCAUACGAGGGGACUGUGGUGAAAGCUGUGGCUGAGCUGGAGGAGAUACUCAGCAGAGGGAAGCAGGAGCUGCUUUGUGAAGCCAGGCUGAAGAGGGUCCAGCAUUACGCUGUGGAUGUGACUCUUGAACAUCAUACAGCUAAUCCCUGGCUCGUCCUGUCUGAGGAUGGGAAACAAGUUUGGUGUGGUGAGGUGAGGAGAGACCUGCCAGACAACACAGAGAGAUUUUCUCUUUAUGCCACUGUCUUGGCACAGCAGAGCUUCUCCUCGGGAAGAUUUUACUACGAGGUCCAAGUUACAGGGAAGACCGACUGGACCCUGGGAGUGGUCAAAGGAUCAGUCAACAGGAAGGGAAUAAUACCACUGAGCCCUGUGAAUGGUUACUGGGCUGUGGGUUUCAGGAAUGGAAACCAGUACUUGACUCUUGCCAGCCCUGUUGUCAGCCUCAGUCUGAACUCCAGGCCUCAGACAGUGGGGGUGUUUGUGAGUUACGAGGAGGGUCUGGUCUCCUUUUAUGAUGUGGAUGCUGCGGUUCAUCUCUACUCCUUCACUGACUACUGCUUCACCGAGGAGCUCACUCCCUUCUUCAGUCCUGGUCUUCAUCAUGGUGGCAUGAACUCCGCCCCUCUGAAAAUCUCACCUGUCAACCCCACUGACUAGAUCUAAUCAUUCAUUUUGUCAUUUGAGAAAAGGAAGUCAAAGGAUCAAAGCCACAUUAACUGAGUGAAAAGCGGUUAAAGGCAGACAAUCAACAAGUAAACGGAACCGCGAUCCACUAUCAUCUCAUCAAAUGUGCAUGCACUCAUUCAUGUUUCUGUAUUCAUAUUGUUCUAGUCUUACAUGUACAGUGAAAUAGUUUUGGGUUGAUGGAAUCGUUCACUCUGUCCAUGCCUGUUGAGAUACCACUUUUGUGCUUCCAAAUAAGGGACAGGCGACUUAAUACACAGGCCUUGUUCUUAACAUAAAACUGAAUCAGAAGUUUAUCUGAAUCUAAUAUGAGGCGUCAGGAGUCUGAGUCACUCCAAAUAAAGCUAAUCUUUUCAGUACAUAAAUCCUUUUUAGUGAUGUUAUUCUUCCACAGCAGCCCAGCACAGAAACACAAAAAGAGGAGCUUUACACUAAACAAAUUAUAUUUUGGAAUAUAUUAACUUGGUGUUUCUAUUUCAGACUUUAAAACCUCAUAUUAGCUUUGGAUUCACUUUAGAGUGUGUUUUCAUGGAGAUGUAGGACUGUGGAAUGUGUCCCCCCUUACUUACAUUGUACAGGAUCUGUAAAGAUUCUCUAAUCAAUAUUCAGAUAAAUGAUAAAACAUCAAACAACUAUUAUCUGUAGAAAGAUAUAGUGGAGUAAUGUUGAACUGACAUUCAAGGUUCUAUAGACAUGAACUCCUUAUAUAUUGUACCUUUAACUUCCAGUAUAUAUUACCAUUAAAGAUACUAUAUACUGGUCAUUAAAGGGUAAAUAGAAGUGAACUCUGUAUAUAUAGAACCUUUAAUGUCCAGUAUGAACAGGAGGGAUGAUUACAACAAGCAAAUACUCUUUCUUUAUAUAAUGUGGGCAGCGUACAAUUAUUUUAGCACAUACUUAAUUUAUUAGCUUUAUUGAGUUGCUUUAAUGCAGCAUGUUAUCAGUGUCUGUCUCUCAUGCUGCCUCUUUUAUGUGAUUAACUUGUAUUAUGAUAUUGAAUGGUACACACUGUCUAAGAGAAACAGUCCUCUUUGAGCCUCCAACGUUCUUUUGUAAAUCUCAGGCACCGUGUGAUUGGUUUAGUUGUGAUGGACAUUCAGAUGGACAUCUGACUGAUCAGCCUCAGACAUGUCUCCUUUGUCUUCACAUUCAGUGUCACACAAUCGUAGAUAGAGAGUUGGUACCAUUUUUACAUAUUUACACCUCCACGAUAAAUUCUUGUUUGAUUUGUUAAAAACAUGUUUGCUGCAGUGAUGUUUAGGUGUACUCCAGGACAUUAUGACGGGGUGAUGUUGGGUGUGGAUACAGGAGCAAUAGAUGACAAUGAAAUGGUUUUCAGCCUGUUGUUAAUUACUGCUAAUUACUCUUUCUGGUUUAAAUAAGAGUAGACAUCUUUAAUUCUUUAUGCACUUUCUGUUACACUGUGAAUUUUGUGAUGUUGUCGGGUAGGUGAAGCAGUUUUAUGGGAGGGUCCAUACUUAUCACUCUGAAUUUACUUUUACUAUAAAAAUUCAACAACCUGAUUCGGUAACAGUGUACUUUCAUGUGGUCAUGUCGUUGAGGCAAAUGUGAAUUUUACGUUGUUGAUGAGGACAUUGCAGAUUAAAGUCUUAGAGUUACUCAACACCGACUCAACUUCCCCGGGCGCUUCAUUGCAGCCCACUGCUCCUCCGGGAUGGGUUAAAUGCAGAGAAAUAAUUUCCCCAUUGUGGGACUAAUAAAGGCUUAAUUAUUAUUAUUAACACAUUCACCCUCAAAGCCACCCACUUCUUAUACUCAGACAACCACUCUGAGGGGGAUUUACCCACCCAACCAAAGUAAUGCUUCACCAAAUAUGCAACAUGCAAAAUGGUAUUUGGAACACCGUUUACUCCUACUCAUUUUGACAAUUUUAUCACUCUCAAAACAAAUAUUACACUUGAUGUGAUCCAUGCGUGAGCAUGCAAGGCUGUGGGACAUGUCAGAUAUAUAUUAUAUAUAGUAUGUGGCAACCGUCAGUUACGAAAUACUGCCGCCAUUGUAUGAUUUUAGUGGACUGCAAUAGUGUGACAGUAUUGUCAGGAAAGAUUGGCUAUAACUGUAAAAGUAAUACCAUAGGACUUAAUGAUGGGCUCUGUUAUCUUUUAUUAUUAUUUUUAAUAACUUAAUUUUACACAACAACAACAAUCUAUGUGUGUCAUAUUGUUUUUCAGUUGUUGAAACGUAGGAAAUCAUGUACUCGUGGUAUUUCUGAUCUCACCAUCUUACAUGGGGUUAAGUUAAUACAUUUUUUUUCAUUUGUCUGAAAGAAUGUAUUAUAGUUGCUU